CAAGAAACCAGCAAGAGCUCUGACCCUGUUCGAGGAAUUUUCGAGGUCGAUGCAUCCGGAGCAAUACGCUGUGACCAAUCCUCUGGAGAAACUUAUUCAAAUCAUUGCUCAGGAUGCGUCGCUGAUGUCGCGGAAUAUUCACUCAGCGUACACUGCCAUCACAAUCGCUCGGCUGGCCCUCGAUGAGAUCAAAGCAUUGAUCAAGAACGUAGGCAAGGAGGAUCUUAGCGCAGCAACUUGGGAGAAUUUCCAGCGGUACACAAGACUUAUCCCGAUCCUUGAAAAGUUCUGUCUCUCACUGCAGAGGAUUUCUCACACCGAGUCACAGGCGACGCUCUCGUCUCACCCCCUGGAUCUAUAUUUCGAACAAUGGGAAGCGAGUCGCGAGCGGCUUCGAACGCUAGUCGAACAAAUCUUGAAGGACCUUUGGGAAUUCAAGAUACUGCCAAUAUUCGAUGACUGGGUGUAUAUCCAGAGAUAUGAUGACUGUCAAGUCUUUAUUACAAUCGUGAUGGCCCAGAGUUUUGAGCCGAUACCCGUCAGGGACAGUGCGACAAGGGGGAUCAUGGAAAAGAUUGUCGCAAAGGUGAAAGGACUUCGACUGUCCCUUUUCCGUGCGGCUCAAGCUGUGUUUUCCACAGUGAUGAUGUGUUCAAUCAAAGUCGCGUUGACUGUUCAAACGCUUUUGAAUGCAGCAAAAGCCAACCAAAAAGAUAUGAAGGAGCAAACCAAUGUUCCAAUGACG